GGACAUGUUUGCGACAAGAGUCAAGAAGUCACAAGGCAAGCGGCGCCGCGACGUGGAUGAGGAUGGCGACGACGACGCACAUGAAGGAGAUGUGACCGUUCCUAUUCCGUCGGAUGCUCGGAAGAAACUCAACACAUUCUCGUCCUCGUCGAAGAAGGCCAACUCGCAGGAAGUCAUGGAUGCUCGGUUCCAAACGUCCACUCGACAAUCCGUCCGUCAGGCGUAUGCAGGGGAUGCCACGUAUGAAUCUCAAAUCGACACGGAACAAGACAAGGAUGCACGAGCGAUCUUGGAAAAGAACAUCAAGCUGAACGCCGACGGCAACGACCUCAGUGGCAAGAUCUACCAAGGGCAAGCAGGGUACAAGAACUACGCGACCAAGAAGGAGGCUUCCAUCGGCAUGAACAAGUACACGGGAACCCAAGGCCCGAUCCGAGCGCAGACGUGGGCGCGGUCGAUCUGUCGGUUCGAUUACGCGCCUGACAUUUGCAAGGACUACAAGGAGACAGGGUUUUGCGGCUAUGGCGACAACUGUAAGUUCAUGCACGAUCGCGGCGAUUACAAAAGUGGAUGGCAAAUCGACAAGGAAUGGGACGAGAAGGAACGCAAGAAGAAGCAAGCGCUGCAGGGUCGAGAGCCCAAAGAUGGCCUUGGUGAGGAUGGGGACUCGGACGACGACAAGUACCUGAUCAAGAGCGAAGACGACGAGCAGUUUGCAUGCACUAUUUGCCGCAACCCGUUCACGAACGCCGUGGAAACCAUGUCCGUGGAUUUGUGGAUUUUGGCUUUUUAGGACCAUUUUUAGCUAAAUUUUUGGUGUUUUGUGUAAUAUGUAGUUGUGGGCACUUUUUCUGUGAAAAAUGUGCGCUCAAGCGAUACAAAAAGUCGUCGCUGUGUUUCAACUGCAAACGACAAACCAAUGGAGUGUUUAACGUUGCCAAGAGCUUGCGAGAAAAGGAAAAGGAGCGAGUGCUUGAAGAGAUGAAUAGUGCUCGUGAUGGCAGCGACAAUGACGACGAAUGACCUUGUAACUCUAAUCCAGGAACAUUCACGCAUUAUAUUCAAGCAAAGCUAUGGAGAUACCGUACAGUACAAACUUGUAGCUGC